AUGGACUUAUAUCACUAUCUCUUUAAAUUCAUAAUUGUUGGAGAUACAAGUAAUUCUGAUUAUUUAAAAAAAAAAUAAGGUGUAGGUAAGAGUUGCCUUCUCCUUAAAUAUACAGAAGGUAAAUUUAAAGAAGAACAUGAUGCUACAAUUGGUGUAGAAUUUGGAUCUUAAGUAUUCAAAUAUAAAAACAAACAAUUUAAAAUAUAAAUUUGGGAUACAGUACUAUAAUUAUUUUAAAGUUAGGCUGGUUAAGAAUCAUUUAGAUCUAUUACACGUUCAUAUUAUAAAGGGUUUAUUUAUAUAUAUAUAGUUAAUUGUAGUUCAAUAGGUGUAUUACUUGUUUUUGAUAUUACAAAUCGAUAGUCAUUCCAUAAUAUUGUCAGAUGGUACAAUGAAAUAUUAGAUUGUGCUCAUGAAUAUGUAGAUAUAGUUAUUGUUGGCAAUAAAAUAGAUCUAGAGAGAGAGUAAAUAAAUAAUAUAAAUAGACGCUAAGUUUCUGUAGAAGAAGGGAAACUUUUUGCAGAAUAAUAUAAAAUAAAUUAUAUUGAAACAUCAGCUAAAACAGGAUAGUAUGUUGACUCUGUAUUUCAAUAAAUGGCAAUGCGAAUCUAUGAUAAAAUAGAAAAUAAAUUAGUAGAUUAGAACAAUGAAAAUUUAGGUAUUAAAUUAGGCACAUUUUACAGAAAUGAUGAAGAAGAUGAUAAAGAAUAGUAAACAAGUUUAGGAUAAAAAAAGAAGAAAAAGAAGGAUGAUUGUUGUUGA